UUCUUAAAAAGAGAGAGAGAGAGAAAAGAAGAAAUCAAGAAAGUUCAUGAUUAUGUUGUUUUAUGUUCGUGUGGCUUUCUUACCUCUAACAACAUUCCCCUGUGGUUGCUGGGAACAUGCAUAUACAUAUAUAUUUAUAAAAGGGUUGUGUUAGAGCCUAGAGGCUCAUUUGUUUCCAUUUCUUCUUCUCUCUCAUUGACACAUCCUUGUUGUGCUGCAUGCCUUAUGCAAUAUAUUUGCACAUACAAUAAUGUGUGCAUAUAUACAUAUAUAUGUAUAUAUAUCAUUUGUUAGGGACAUGUUAAUGUACUACAACAAAAACAUUAACAUCAUCUGAGGUUAAUUUGCAUUUUGCAACAACAGUUACUGAUUUGGCGUGUUUGAACUUUGAAUUCAAAUGACGCAAUUACCUCCAAAGAUCCCAAACAUGUCACCAAGUUGGCCAGAUUUCUCUUCAGACCACCAGAAGAUGCAAUUGCCACCUCUUAAAUCCGGUAGCAACAACAAUUAUCAGCACAACCAGAACCCUUCUUGGGUGGAUGAGUUUCUUGACUUCUCCUCGGCCCGGCGGGGCGCUCACCGGAGGUCGGUGAGCGAUUCCAUCACCUACUUGGAUUCACCAAUGAAGUGUGGAGAGAAUAACAACAACAAUGAGAACGAGUUUGACAAGUUUGAUGAUGAACAAUUCAUGUCCAUGUUCACGGAUGAAGUAGUGCUCUCUGGGGUCCCCUUGCUUCCACCAACCAUCUUGUCCUCCUCUAACCCUUCAAGCCCUUCUGAUCAGAACUUCUUCAAUGAUGAGAAGGAGAAGAAGGAGGAGCACCACCACCACCAAUUGAAAAAUGAAGCAGAUGAGGUUGAAAGCCAAUGCAAACAGGAAAUUAUGCAGCUUCCAAAUGACACCAAUACUUGUUCUUCCAACGAGAGAAUUACUGACCCCAAGAGAGUCAAAAGAAUCUUGGCUAAUAGACAAUCUGCACAAAGAUCGCGAGUGAGGAAGCUGCAAUACAUAUCAGAGCUUGAGAGAAGUGUAACUUCAUUACAGGCCGAAGUUUCAGUGCUGUCUCCAAGGGUUGCAUUUUUAGAUCAUCAACGAUUGCUUCUAAAUGUCGACAACAGUGCUCUCAAGCAACGAAUCGCUGCCCUUGCUCAAGACAAGAUCUUUAAAGAUGCUCAUCAAGAGGCACUGAAGAGGGAGAUAGAGAGACUAAGGCAAGUUUAUCACCAACAAAGCCUCAAGAAGAUGGAAAAUGCUGCAGGAUCACCAUUACCAUCACCAAAGCCUAUAUGUGAUGCUCAAACAGAAAAGGAAGCAACACUUCUCAACGCUUGAAGAUUAAUUCAUCACACUAUAACAUGAUAUCAAGUAGCUAUAUUUAUUAGCUAAUUUACAUUACACUGUGAUUCUUUAUAUAUACUUUUAUAGAAAGAAAUUGCAGAAUUUUGGAUAAGAGAAGGGAGAAACUGAUGGAAGGAGAUUAAAUUUUGUUUUGUGCUUGGUAAUGUAUUGAAUGAUGUCACGUACGUAUUGUUGGGUGGUGAGAAUUUUUAUUAGUCAAUUGAUGAAGGAAAAAAUAUUCACUGAGAGAGUCACGUUGUGCGUGGUGAGGCCAUUGGCUUCUGCUAAGAAACUGCGCAGGCACGUGAUGUGCUGUUUGCUUUAAAAAUGAAGGGGACCACACUCAAAGCUUGCAUGAUUAGAAUGGAGGGGGAUCCACAUGUGCAGCAGUGGCAUCAAAAGAGAGGUUGGAAGAAACAGUUGUGUCUGUCUGCUUUAUCUUCAUGGAUAGAUAGGAGUCACUGGAGUAUAUGUUAUUGGUGUUGAUGAAUGAUUCUUUCACUUCUUUAUUUGUUGUUGUCUUUGAUUCUUUUCUAUUUUGCUUCAUGUUUUUCAAUGUAUAUAUAUAUAUAUAUAUAUAUAUAUAUAUAUAUAUAUAUAUAUAUAUAUGUAUGU